AUUUGCAGUCUUUUUAUAACAGUAUAUUUUAUCACCAUAUUAGCUGAAAGUUUCUCUGAUUUCUUUGUAUCCUUUGAUAUUGCUGCAGCUAUAGAUGGAAAGUAUUUGUCCAAUGAGGAGGCUGGAAACUUGUCGACGUUAUUUGAUGUUGGAGGGGUAGUAGGUGGAAUCCUAGCAGGUUACAUAUCUGACCGCUUAGGCGCUAGAGCUAUAACCGCUGCCAGCUUCAUGUACUGUGCUAUCCCGGUUCUCUACUUGUAUCGGAGCUAUGGACACAUCUCCAUGACCAUAAACAUCAUCCUUAUGUUGAUUACCGGAGUAUUCGUUAACGGGCCUUAUGCAUUGAUAACAACUGCUGUUUCGGCUGACCUGGGAACACAUAGCUCUUUGAAAGGCAAUUCACGAGCGCUUGCAACUGUUACUGCCAUUAUUGAUGGCACUGGCUCAAUUGGAGCUGCCAUUGGACCACUUCUAACCGGUUACAUAUCAGCUAUGAGCUGGAGUGCUGUUUUUACAAUGCUCAUGGGAGCAGCUUUUAUAGCUGGUCUGCUUCUAACCAGGCUCGUUGUAGCUGAAGUGGGUGCCAAUAUUCAUCAAUUAGGCUCCCCUAGAUCAAGGUCCCCUGACCUUGAAGUGUGA